UCGUCUUCUUCGAACUCAAAAAAACAAAAAAUCCUUCAAAACCCUAACUCUCUAAUGAAUCAAAAUCCCCUUUCUUCCUAUCCACGAAAGCCAUGGUUCUAAUCGGAAUUCCCCUCUCAAAUCGAACCAGCAACAGUAACAGUAAUCGAAUUAAAGGAUCGUGGAGUCCUCAAGAGGACGCUACCUUAAUCAAAUUGGUGGAGGAACACGGCCCGAGAAAUUGGUCUUUGAUCAGUACAGGAAUUCCUGGUCGCUCUGGCAAGUCCUGCCGUUUGCGCUGGUGUAAUCAGCUCAGUCCGGCGGUUCAGCACCGUCCGUUCACGCCGGCGGAGGACUCUCUGAUUGUUCAGGCGCACGCCGUCCACGGUAACAAGUGGUCCACGAUUGCUCGCCUCUUGCCUGGUCGGACCGACAAUGCGAUUAAGAAUCACUGGAACUCGACGCUCAGGCGCCGCCGCGAUGCCGAUUUUUCUUCCGAUUCCACGGCGUUUAUGAAGCGGCCGAGUUGUGAAGUUUCCAGAUCGGCGUCGGAUGAUGAUGAUUCGGAAGGAUCGUUCAAACGGAGGUGCUUUGGAAUGGCUGUGGAGCGGAACGGCGGCGGAGAAGGAGAAGGACCGGAGACGUCGCUGAGGCUGUCAUUGCCCGGGGAGGUGGUGGUGCCGGCGGCGUGUGUCAAGGUGAAAGAGGAGGUGACAGUGGAUAGCGAGGAGAACGAUGGACGGCGUCAUGUGACGGUGGCGGCGACGGCGACGGCGACGGCGGAGGAGAAAGGGAACCGGAAAAGGGAAAUGGACGAGAGUUGUAUGGCAACGAUAAUGCAGAGGAUGAUUGCUCGGGAGGUCCGAAAUUACAUAGACAGUUUACGGGCCCAUGGUGGGCUUUCAAUUGGGCCUAAUAUUGGGCCUGGGCUGGAUUCAGGAGUCCAAGAUACUGAGUAAUUUCCCUUUCUAUGUUCUUAGCCGUCAAUUUAUGGUUGGUUGCUUUUCAGAUUUUAGUGUUUGGCUACAGAGAAAAUCAAAGUUAUGGACUAGAUAGAAAUUUAGAUUAAAUGGGUUUGCUUGGAUUUAAAAUAUUUAAUUUUUUAAAAAAUUUAGACAAAGGGAAGAAAAUCAACCAAAGUAUGUGGGGAGAUGUUUGUUUGAUUACUUGUUGAUUCAAAUAUGAGGUUUUUG